AUGCAGAGAAAACUCGCGGGGGUAACCCUGACCUCCGCUUUCAUCUCCAGCGCUGCCGCCGGCCCCCCCGCCCCAUGGGUAGAAUACUGCUCCUGUCCUCUGGGAUUUGCAGGCCAAUUUUGUGAACAGUGCGCCCCGGGAUUCACCAGGGAAGAGGCUGGCAGAGGGCCGCUCUCAGCGUGUGUGCCAUGCAACUGCCACCAUCAUGGAACAUGUCAUCCAGAGACCGGUGUGUGUGAGUGUUCAGACUUCACUACCGGACGGACCUGUGAGCAAUGCCUGGACGGUUACUAUGGCAACGCUUUGAUUGGCACUCGCAGUGAUUGUCAGCCUUGCCCUUGCCCAGACCGGACCAGCUGUGCUCAAAUUGCACAGACAGGACAGGUGGUCUGCACCGAUUGCCCCACUGGACAGACAGGUAUCCGCUGCCAGAUGUGUGAAGAUAGUUACUAUGGUGACCCCCUCGGACAAUCUGGGGUAGUUCGGCCGUGUGAGAGAUGCGACUGCAACGGUAACGUGGACUUCAACGCAUUGGGAGUUUGUGACCACAUUACUGGGAGAUGUCUGAAAUGCCUGGGGCACACAGAGGGCGAGCGCUGCCAGCGUUGCCGGCAGGGUUUCUAUGGUGAUGCCCUGAACCAGACAGCUGCUCAGAAGUGCAAACCGUGCAACUGCAACCCCAGCGGCACUUUUGGACGUCUCGACGAAUGCCACCCUCAUGACGGAAGCUGCCGGUGCCUGGGUCAUGUGACUGGACGUGACUGCAGUACCUGUGAAGUCGGCUUCUUCAACCUGCAACCAGGUGUAGGAUGUGAGAGGUGCAAGUGUAAUCCCAUUGGCUCAUCAUCUAGUGCGUGUCAUCCAAUCACAGGCCAGUGCGUAUGUCGUGCAGGAGUGGAGGGGAGACUGUGCGAGUCUUGCCGUGCGGGCUUCUUUGGAUUCUCCUCACGUGGUUGCAGAGCUUGUAACUGUGACCCGAUGGGCUCCAUAUCCAUGCAGUGUCACGGUAACGGUACCUGCCACUGUCGCCCGGGCUUUGUGGGUUACAAGUGUGACAAAUGUGAGCUGAACUACUUCCACGACCGAAACACACACCAGUGCGAAGAAUGUCCCGUUUGCUAUGGUCUUGUCAAAAAGCAGGCAGAAAAGCUGAGGACUCGUCUGCAGGAUUUGGAGAAGCUCCUGGCUCACUUUGAUUGCCGAGGAAGAUUUGGGAAGCAACCCCACCUGCUGAAGUAUCACAUGGGCAGGCUUUACGGACAUGAGCACCAGGGGGAAGAUACUCUACCCAAUGCUCUGGAGGAUUUUCUAGCUUUCCAAGAAGCACGGGAGGCCUUCAUAAAACAAUUUUCCUCGCUGGAAGCUUCUACACGUGCACUCUUAGCCCAGCUGCACGCCGUCGCAGCCGCUUGA